GACUAUAAUCAUUAAUUUCUAUAAUUACUUCUCUAUAUCUCUCUCGUAACUUACAGAAAACAUCUAAUGAUUUUUUGACGGCUCACCAUCUCCCAGAAGUAAAUACACCACUUCCCACUCCUCUUUCUACUUCUCUAUCUAUACAUAUAAGUUAAACUGUUUAUACAUUCCAAAUGCAUAUAUACACACGAUUCGUUUUCUUUCUUUUAACACUUAAAAGAACGUUACUCAAAUAUCUAUCCCCUCUCAAUUGAAAUGGUUGAUCAUGAACAUCUGUGGAGCUGGUCAGAGUCCAACGACUAUGAAUCAUCAUUCCUUCAAGAAGAAAACUUAUUCUCCUUACUCGAUCAAUCACUUUCCUUCGAUUACAAUUCGUUCGUUAACCCUUUUAAUGGUCUUCAAAAUGAAACUUGGUUUUCUUUACAAGACAGCAUUAAUCUCGAUCCCAUCUCUACUUGUUUUCCUGCUGUUGAUCAUAUGUCUAUGGCUUCAGUUGAUUUUGAAGCCUUCUCUACUUUGUCUCAAGCAGAUGUAUUUGGUGAAUUGUGGAAUGAAAAUGCUUGUAAUUUCAAUAAUCAUGUCGAACCAGAUAUGGAGAUAAUAUUGCAUGAUGGCAAUAACACAACGAAGGAGACCACAAUGCAGAAGAGGAGGUAUAGAGGAGAUAGACUAAUCCAGAUUUUUUCCAGGGAAGAUAUGAAACCAUACUUCAAGAUGCUGAUUACUAAAGCAGCUAAAGAGCUUGGCGUUGGACUAACCCUCUUGAAAAGGAGAUGUCGCGAGUUGGGUUUUUCUCGUUGGCCUCAUCGUAAGCUUACGAGCAUUGACGGCCUUAUCAAUAACCUCAAGGAUCACUUAGGGAAGAUGGAAGGAGAAGUGAACAAGAGUAAGCUGAUGAACGCUUUGGAGAUUUUGGAGGCGGAGAAGAAAAUGAUUGAAGAGUUUCCUGAUUUGGAGUUUGGAGAUAAGACCAAGAGGUUGAGACAGGCUUGCUUUAAAGCUAACUACAAACGAAGAAGGCUCGUGUCUUCUAGUUCUAUGUCUACCACAUCGUCUAUUUCGUGAGAGGAAUAGCUUUUCUAGGGAGAGAGAGAGGGGAGAAGUGAUCUAA